GGAAAGGCACGUCAAGGACCUGAAUACCCGAGUACAGGCACCCCUCGUCAAUUUUCGAUACUUGUUUCUUCGGGAAAACCUCGGCUACUCAUGUUUUUCCUCCUUAUAAUUUCAACCCUGGCUCCUGUAACUGCGAAAACGAACCUCACACAAUGCGGUGCGCACGUCAAGGGAUUAUUAGAAAACAAUUCCCUUCCACUUGAAGAUAUCUACACAGGUCCUGUGAAACGUCCCUUAGGCCGGGCACCGAACGCCGAAAACCCGGUACUCCACUUAACCUUUGCUGCUUGUGAGAAGCACUGCGGUAGCACACCGGCAUUUUAUAGCUGGGAAAAAUCCUCCGAUACAAUAACGACCUGGGUGCUCCCUCUAGUCAGUCUAAUUCUCCAGGCCCCCUUCGAGAGCAAUAACAUCAAACAAACCACAUUACUGGUGUUCCGGUGGGUGGGCUCUCCCAUCGUUUCCAUGAUGUGCAUUUUCUGGAACAUGAAGGUUACUAGAAAGUGCGCUCUAAUGGUUGACAUGAGCAUCGAGAGAGACGAGUACCCACUGCCAACCAGCAGUUUUGCCGGAUUGAGAGACUCUUUAUACCUUCUCAGCGUAAUUAAUCAAUACGAGCUCAAUAUCUGCGAAGAGCUAGAAGAACACCACAUGGAGGAGAUCCUCCGCAAAGCCCUUUUCGAUAGGAGGUUAGGAAUUCAACAGGCGAGGGGUAGAGCCGCUGCAAGUAUCCGCCGGGAACGCCGCCGGGGAGCUGUCCAAGUCCUAGUAUCGCUUGCCUGGUUUCUGGUGGCAAUGAUCAUCUCAAUACACAAAGCCUUCGGGGACCUCGGGGAGAACUCAACUGCUCACAACCUCGCGCUGGGCCUGCUAGUGUGCUGGCUCCCAGUUCUCGUCGCCGCGACAAUCGUUGACAGAAAUCCAAUGGACUCCCACUACGUCCGCACUAAGCUAAACACCUUCUUGCGGGAAACCGUGGUGAUAGCGGUCAUCCCUAACGUAUUUCCCGGAGUGAGUGAGCCAAAAUUCUUCGGAGAGUUUGCCGGCCAAGCACGAGUCCGGUGGCAUUCCGGUGCUGCUCACUCGAUCAUCCGGACACUAGAGGCUACACCCGGCAUGGCGCGCGGUUGGUUAGAGAGAUACACGAACACUGAUGAACUAUCCACCACAAGUACCACUUCUGGCCUCUUAAGAUUCGACCGCAGCCAAGGAUGGCAGAUGGCAGCUGCCUUCAUGAUGGUAUUUGCCUGCAGCAUUGGUGCCUUCAUUGUUAGCUACUUCACACCCACCGUUGGCAUGGGCUGCCGCUCCGGGGGGUAUAUGAUCUUUGGUCUCAACGCAUUGGGCUGCCUGCUCAUGGAAAUGGCCGCAUGGGUAUUCUUACACUCGGCCACGAAACGGAGGGUAGCGCAGUGGUUCCUACGCUUGUGGGAAUUCAUAAACUUCUGCUUGCUCGUAUGCAUCAUCAUUGCACAGACUUUUGGGAUCUACAACAACUGCCAUUGCAAGUCCAGCCUAUGGGGUGGUGCCGGUGGGUACAUGGACUUUGAGAGUGUGCAAUACUACAAGUCCUUCAACGUUGAGAUCAGCUGGUUGCUUGGCACAGUCAUCACA